AUGGCUCUUUGUCACAAAGAGGAGCAGACAUGCUAUUACAUAUACGGGGGACUGGCACUGGGGGGGCUCCUGCUCCUCGCUGUGGUCAUUCUGUCCACCUGUCUGUGUUGGCUCCAUCGGAGAGUAAAGAGGCUGGAGAGGAGCAGGGCCCGGCGCCCCUCACACCAGGAGCUCCACUAUGCAUCUCUGCAGAAGCUGCCUGAGACAGCCAGUGCUGACAGGCCUGACCUCGCUGAGGGAGAUGGGGGAGACGCCAAGGACGACUCCACGGCUGACUAUGCCUGCAUUGCCAAGAAAAAACCUACCUAA